CUAAACAUCCACAGCGCACACCUCAUACGUACAUAUAUAUGGAGCAAAACUCACCUCAGCUACAGACAGACUCUGAGUUGGAGGCAGGAGAAAAUUCUUCAGGGUCCUUCUCCUUCCAGUGUGCUAGCAUCCGUGAGAGAGAGAGAGAGAGAGAGAGAGAGAGAGAGAGAGAGAGAGAGAGAGAGAGAGAGAGAUGCAGCGGCACACGGGGAGGGAGAUAUGGGACGUGGAGGAGUGCCAGAGCCCGCGCAUGGGCAGCGUCAUCCUCGGCGUCGACGGCGGCGCAAGCAACACCGUCUGCGUCUGCAUCCCGGCGGCCAUGCCAUUCAACGACCCGCUCCCCGUCCUCUCACGCACCGUCGCCGGCUGCUCCAACCACAACUCCGUCGGAGAGGACAGGGCAAGGGAGACGCUAGAAAGAGUGAUGGCGCAGGCGCUGCUCAAGGCACGCCGGAGACGAUCAAACGUCUGCGCCGUCUGCUUGGCCGUAGCAGGUGUCAAUCACCCAAUUGAUCAGCAGAGAAUGCUGGAUUGGCUCAGGGAGAUAUUUCCAAGCCAUGUCAAGCUGUUCGUGGAGAACGAUGCAGUGGCGGCAUUGGCAAGUGGGACCAUGGGCAAACUUCACGGAUGUGUGCUGAUCGCAGGAACAGGGACGAUAGCCUAUGGUUUCACCAGUGAUGGGAGGGAAGCCCGAGCAGCAGGUGCAGGGCCGGUGCUAGGUGACUGGGGCAGUGGGUAUGGGAUUUCUGCACAGGCAUUGACAGCAGUUGUGAGAGCUUAUGAUGGCCGGGGUCCUGAAACGGUGCUUACAAACAACAUCCUUGACUUUCUUGGACUAGCAUCACCAGACGAAUUGAUAGGAUGGACAUAUGAAGACCAAUCAUGGGCUCGUAUUGCUGACCUUCUUCCGGUGGUGGUUGAAUCUGCUGAAGGUGGUGAUGAGGUGGCAAACAAGAUCUUACACAAUUCAGUUGGUGAACUGGUUUCCAGUGUCAAAGCUGUAGUGCAAAGACUUGAACUUGGCGGUGAAGAUGGCAAGCAUCCAUUUCCACUUGUAAUGGUUGGUAAAGUCCUAGAGGCAAACAAGAGGUGGGACAUUGGGAAGGAAGUGAUAGACUGUAUGACCAAGAGUUAUCCGGGAGCCUAUCCAAUACACCCCAAGGUGAGCAGAAUUACUCCUAGCUUUGCAUCAGACAUUCAGACCAUAAUGUCUAAGAAAUAUUAUUCAGAUUAUGCCAUGUUCAAGAACUAAUUAACAGAUCAGUGGAAACAAGUAUGUAGGGGAAGAUCUUAUUGACACAAGGAAGCAAGAGUUAAGCUGUGUAUAUUACUUAAAUAAUAUAUAAUAAACAACUUUGCAAGCUGAGACUUCUUCAGAUCCUACUAUAAUAUUUUCCAAAUU